AUGAUGACAACGUUAACGACCAAGCGCCAGGCUGAGGUGAUGAGCGAGGUGGACACCGAGUCCCGUGCCAAGCGCAUGAAGAAGCUCAGUGCAGACAUGGGCAAUCACAUGGACGAGCUUCGAUGGUUCCUCUACGAGUACGGCGAUGCUCGCAAGGAUGCUGCUGGGAAGGUCGACAACUCUGCCGAGGAAACUGCGCUGCUGCGAGAUGCCAAGACAAUGGUGAAAAUCAUGGAUGAGACGAUGGGCGGAGCCGGCAAUGUGGCAGCAGGCGCGGCGACCCGCGGAGACGGCACGGCGAGCGCGGCGAGCGUGGAGAGCGCGGCGAGCGUGGCAAACGAGUCGGAGAACGGAGCUGAGUGA